AAAAGAAGACACAAUAAGAAGAGAAGUCAGUGGAAAAUUACAAUAUAAGAGAAACUUGUAAUAGUUUCUAUCCACCCCCCGUUCUGGUUGUAAAUGGUACGCUCCCUUCUUCCAAUGGUCUGCACUGUGCUGCUGCUGCUGCUGUGGUUUCUUCUCCUCCAGACUCCCCCGGCUUAAGAAAGCAGCGAACUGGAUGCACGUACGUAGUGAUCCAUGGCACCUCCGGGACACGGCGAGGAUUUCUCUGUUUCGGAACAAGCUGCCCGAGUAAGCUAUUUUCCGAUCUGACUUUCAGCAUUCCGACUCGAUUCUUUUUGCUGGAAGUGGGAGGAAAACGGGGUUUAGGUUUGGGAAAGACAAACGAGGAGCAGAACCUCGGAAGUUUGCGAGCUUUGUCCUGCACCACCUUUAUGGAAACGUAGAGUCAUCCUCCCCGAAGAUGGUUUGGGGGUAGGUCCAUGGAGUCUGGGUUGGAACUGGCUGCGGGUUUUCGAAAGCUUUACGGCGGGAAACACAGUGGAAAAAACUUUCCCUUGUGGAAAAACAAGGCGGUCGGUUGUCUGUAAAGUAAUCUUUACGCACGCUCCGCGCACGCACGCACGCACGCACACACACACAGACAGACACACACCCGUUUGUGCAACCCGAGAUGCGCCUGUUGAGCCCGUCGUGCGGAGAAAUCCGAGGGACAACACACAUGUGCGGCGUAAUGCAUUUGGCUGUUGUUGUCCUCCUCCUUGCAGCCGCGCCGUGCUGUCACGGCUGUCCGGACAAGUGCACGUGCUUCUCGCAAACUGUGAAAUGCCAAAACCAGGACUUGGAUGCGAUUCCGGCUUCUUUGCCGGCCAACACCAAGUCCCUGUUCGUCACGGGAAACGGCAUCUCCCGAGUCAGCGUGGACUCCUUCCCGGCCCGCCUGCCGUCCCUCACGGACCUCUAUCUCGGGGGGAACGGGAUCGAGUCCGUGGAUGCGACGGUGUUCGACAACCUGCCCAACCUCACGCGGCUGGACCUGAGCAACAACCGGAUCGAGACUUUCAGCGAAAGGGCUUUCCCGCUGGAAAACAAAGUGCAGCUCCUGAACCUCAGCAGGUCUUUCCACAACCACUCCUUCAUGGACGUGGUCCAACGCGUCCUACUGAGAGGAAACCUCCUCCACCUGGCGGUCCUGGACCUGUCCAACAACGACCUUGUGAUUCUUCCGGACGACAUGUUCGCGGGUCUUCCCGGCCUGAUCAACCUGAGCCUGCAGAACAGCUCCGUCAUUUCUGUUCUGAACGGGACGCUGAAGGCGCCGCCGCUGCGUGACCUUGACCUGAGGGACAACAGCCUGAGGGACCUGCCUUUCGCCACCCUGGAAGACCUCGACCUCAAGCCCGCCCUGCGCAUCCAGAUGGCGGGGAACCCGUGGCGCUGCGACUGCUUCUUCGAGGACAUGCUGCUGUGGCUGAAGAACUCCACCCAGGUCGUCGACGCGCACAACCUGACCUGCGCCGACCCCAAGGCCCUGAGGCGCCGGCCGCUCCUGCAGGUGGAGCGGUCGCAGCUCAAGUGUUCGGGCGACAUGGAGGGCGUGCUGGAGACCUCGUACGUCUUCCUGGGGCUGGUGCUGGCGCUGAUUGGCGUCAUAUUCCUGCUGGUGCUCUACCUGAACCGAAAGGGCAUCAAGCGGUGGAUUUACAACAUCCGGGACGCUUGUAGGGACCACAUGGAGGGGUACCAUUACAGGUAUGAGAUCAACUCUGACCCGCGUUUGGCAAACCUGAGCAUCAAUUCGGAUGUGUGAGCGAGGACGGGACACUGUCUGGGACCCCGCAGUGAGAUGCAUAUCCAUAUAGAUAUAGAUACAUAUACUGUAUAUCUAUCUCUAUAUCCAUAUAUGACAUGACUUAUACUGUUGAAAUAUGCAUGAAAGUUCUCUUCACCCCCACCCCCAUGAUGCUAUCCAGAUGUUGCAUCUGUCAUUGCUCCUAAUUAACCCCCCAUCAGAGCCUCCAUUCAACAACUGCUGCAUGUCCAAUAUAAAGGCAGCUGUGAUGUGGGCUGAGUAUCCUCCACGUAACAUUGCAUGGAUAACGGCAAGGAUUUAUUUUUUUCUUCUUUAUUUUGGAGAGUUACAAGGAGUGAUGUAUCCUAUUAGUUUUCCUAAAGGAUAAACGUAUGGAGCAGAUUGACUUUUAGGUGAAAAAAGCAUUGCAUCCCUGUUACUAUGCCUCUGAUGCAGAGAAAUGCUGCACUGCUUGUUUCUGACUUGGUUCUUUUUAUUAUGUGAACUUGUGAAAUAGAGUAUGCAUAUUCUGAAUGAUUAUAGUGCACAUUGCAUAGUUAUUGGAUUUAGUUGGUGGAUGUAAUUGGUCUUUUUUUUUUUUUUUUUGUGAAGAUAUUCGGCAAAAUAAAAUGCGUCUGGAUUGCUGGUAUCUGUCUCAACUAAGGGCAGUUUUUAAUGUUAGGACUGUGCGAUCCACGGCUUUCACUCCCUCCUGAGACGAAGCCAAUGGCGAACACUAACACUUACUCCAGUUCAACGAUGUGUGGGAACGUCAUUUUAUACUGUAACAUCUCUACGGCAACAGUUGAAGCGGUGAGCUGCUGCAGCAGGAAAUAAAGUCAAAUUAAUGAGCUGAAUAGAGGACAUUCUGUCUGAAUUUAAAUGCACUGUCUGCAGGGGAUGAGAGCACAAAACUUUUUCUUUUCUUCCCUUAUUUUAUUUAAUCUCCCAUCCAAUUUGCUGCCUGCUGUGAAUCUGAUAAAAAAAAAAAAAAACUUGGCUCUGCAGCCAAUUCCCCAAAAUAACAUCUGUGUGCCACAGCCCUGUAGGCAGGUUUCACAUCCAACAACCCCUCUCGGUAGACUCCAGCAUGUAAUGGAAGCCUUUCAAUGUACUCCAGGUGCAAAAUAGAAAACUGCUACAUGACAUUUGAUACAUGCAAACUGAGUUCUUGUGGCGGCGCGCACACACACAGGAGUAUUAUGGAGAUGAGGACCGGCGGCUUUUCAUGCAGCCCCGAUUUUAAGGGAACUGGUAUCCAUGGACAAAGUGCUUCCCACUAGCGUUUAUACCAGACUGUCAAUUGCAACUUUCGCCGUCAAGUAUAGUAUGGAUGAAUCAUUAGCGUGUGCUUUUUCUUUGAAGGGUGCACCAUGCGUGUUUGCAGGAUAAGUUAAUGAAGAUUAUUUCAAUGCGUCCUUCGCUCAGGAAUGACCUUCCUUGGCCCGGUGAAGAGCACCUGAAUAGGUAAUCAUUUCCCUCUUGCGCACACAUGUGAGAAAACCCCCCCCCUAACAACAUGUCCAACUGGACUCCCAGGUAGCCUGCGGCAACAUGGCGCGCGUUGUUGACAGCGUUGCUUCUUGCACAGAUUUCCCAGAGUUAAUUCAUUUGUGCCAUCAGCUGCUGCA